AUGUCUGGACACGGGAAGAAAAAUGCAGUGCCACUACUCACAGCGAAGAAAACAAAAUCAGCCAAGGCUGGUCUGCAGUUCCCAGCGGGUCGUAUCUACGGGCUACUGAAGAGAGGCAACUAUGUUGAGAGAGUAAGUCCUGCUGCGGCCAUCUACCUGGCUGGGGUGCUGGAGUACCUGAGCGCGGAGAUCCUGGAGCUGGCGGGAAACGCUGCCCAGGAGAACAAGAAAAAGAGGAUCCUGCCGCGACACAUCCAGCUGGCCGUGAGAAACGAUGAAGAGCUGAACAAGCUGUUCUCUUGUGUGACCAUUGCCCAAGGAGGGGUUAUACCAAAUGUUCUUCCUCAGCUUCUUCCAAAAAAGACCAUGUCUCUGAAACCACGACACAAAGGUGUCCAGUCGCAGGAGUUCUAG